AUGGUAGCUAUAGAAGAAGAUGAGCUAGGGCUGAGAAUGGGGAACCUGAGAUCAGGGCAGCUAUUGAUUGUAGAAAAUUUUAAGAGUGAAGAAUGCCUGUUUCACCAAAUAAAUAAUAUGACAUCUGUUUCUAAUGUCCAAGAAUUGCUGAAUUUUUCCUUGCAUGAGAACAUAAGAUUUAGAAAGCACUCAGUGAGGGUACUGACAAAGCUAAUAAAGAAAAACUUCUUGGAGUUUUAUAAGUUGCCAAAACUUGACCAUACUGAAAACAGAGUAACUCUACUGCUAAAAGAUGUUGGCCCAGACAAAGAACUAUGUUAUAUGCAUCAGCAACUGCAUUGUUGGGUCAUGGCAGCUAUAUUCUUUAACAUUUCAGUGAAACAGGAUACAAAUUUAAUACAGCAUAUGAAAACAAGGACCCCACUACAAGCACCCACUCUAAGCUGGAAAAUUAUCACAUUUGAAACAGUUUUUCAGGAUUUUUAUUUCCAGCUUAGGACAAAUAUUUUGUCUAAAAUUCAAAAUAAGAUGCCAUUUUCAAGGCUGUCCAUUACAGUGAGGGAAUUAGAGAUGAUGCUGAGUAACCUGGAAGCCCUGAGAGACUGCAGCAGACAAGUAGCAGCUACGGAGGACUUAACUAAAUGCUUAAAAAACCUGUCAAGGCCGUUUAAGUACAUUUUUACCUGCAUUAUUGCCAGAACGAUAUUUGCAGAUAAAUAUAUUGGAAAUGCCAGCAAUGUCAUUCAAAAACUUUUCUCAAACUCAGGCUUUGAAAAUUUGGAAACAUUCUUUGCACUUACAGAAGAGGCAACUGAGCAUCUCCUCUGUAGUUACACAAAAGGUGACUCAUUUGUUUGUCUUGAAUUGCUAACCGAGUUGUGGGAUAAAGUUAAAUAUUUUAAAAAAGACAAAGACAAAGCAUACAAAAUUAUCUCACAGAACCUGUCUAAGUUAAUGUAUCAUCCUCUGCAGGAUGUUCGAAAUAAGAUUAUCCCAUUACUUCUUUCUGAGGGCAGUCCAUGCGCAUCUGCUCCAGAGUUAGGGCAUCAGGUUGUACAAGCUGAUCAGAAACAAAUACAAACUUCCAUAAAACUGUAUCUUGAGAACUAUUUUUUUGGACUGGAUAUUAAAGAAUUUCCUGAUGAAGAUGUAUAUAUUUGGAUAUUUAAAGGAAAACAUUCAUUUGGUGAGGUGCAGAUACAUUUUCAAAAGCAAGAAAGCCUAAAUGAUGUAUUACGCACUAACUCUACAGAUGACUUCCAACAAAGAUUUCAUGAGCUAACCAAAGUGGUUGAAGUUUUAUGUGAAGAAAAUGUCAGUAAGUUUGUCACUGCACUAUGGGGAGCACCUCACUAUCAAAUACCUAAGUUUUAUGCAAUUGAAGAUGGGCAGCCUUUACUUACAUUCUUGCAUACACAAGAAAAUAAGCUAUCAAUAUCAGAUAUGACUACUAUUCUUAAAUGUAUUUUAGAGGCCAUAGGAUACUGCCAUAAACACUCUGUGAUACACAGGGAUAUAACUCCUGGAAGUUUUAUAAUUACUUCAACUGGAAGAGGCUCCAAUCAAGAUAUCUGUGUUAAACUGUCAACCUUCAUUCUUGCAAGAUUGCCAUCAUAUGGUACAACUGAUAUUCGUUAUGUUAACAAAGAUACAGAGAAGGAUGAAUUUCCAGAGUUUACAGGUGAUAAGGAAGAGCCAAUUGCAGGACGAUUCAGUGCCCCAGAGUCUUUGUUACACCACCGUUACUCAUUUUAUUCAGACAUAUGGAUGGUUGCAUGUACAAUGUAUUCUGUUAUGUUAUAUGGCCGCAAUCCUUAUUUUGACUUGGAUCAUCUGACAAUUUCUAACAUAAUUGGUCAAGUUGUUCACCAUGGACACCCUGUGGAAAAAUUGCCAUUUUUGCCAGAAAAUCUCUACAGCCUGGUAGCUGCUAUUCUGAAACAUGAGCCAUAUAACCGCAUUGCAAUUGAUAAUAUCUUGCAAGAACUCCUGAAAUUCCAAACAUCAGUUGCAAGAAAAGAGAAAAUUUAUGUGGUGGACUGCAAGUGUUCCCCAAUAGAAGCAGAAUACAUUGAAAGGGGCCACCUGAAUGACUUAGGCAUGUUUGUUAUAUACAGCAAGAGGUUACAAGAUCGAACGAAAAUUAUAGAGGAUAAGUUUAUCCGGGUACAUUUCUGUGAUUUUUUUCCAUUUGUUUUUGGUAUAUUCACAGUAAUAAUUAUAUUUUGCUAA